AUGGCUUCUCUCAAAUCCUAUGGAAAACUCGACGAAUCUGAUCAACAGAGACUCAAAUCUCGUCAAAAGACCCGAAAGAGAAUCGUCAUAAUGGCUUUAUCUUCAAUCAUUCUUAUUGGUGUUAUAGUGGCCGCCGUAGUUGGAACUUCUCAGGCCAAAGAGGGCAGUUCCAGAAGCGAAGCUUCCCUCAUCCCCGCUUCAAUUAAAGCGGCGUGUGACACGACCUUAUACCCUGGUUCGUGUUACACUAGCCUCGCCCCUCUGGUUAAUUCUAGCCAGGUUCAGCCCGAAGAGAUCUACAAAUUAUCGGUCCAAGUAGCAAGAAAUGAACUAUUGAGAGUCGCCCAGUACUUCUCAGAAAACGAAGGAUACAAAGAAAUCACCGAUAAAAUGGCCAUUGCAGCUCUCGAAAGUUGUCGAGAACUUUUGGGACUUGCUCUGGAUCAUCUUAAUAUUUCCUUGGCUACUGACAAUGCCUCAUUGCUUGAUGCUGUGGAUGAUCUCAAAACUUGGCUAAGCGCCGCAGGCACUUUCCAACAAACAUGCAUAGAUGGCUUCGAUAACACAACAAAUGCACUAAAAAUCAGUGUUUUCCAGAACCUCAAAAACUCCACUGAGUUCACUAGCAACAGCCUCGCCCUCUUAAACACUUUUUUGAAUAUUGCAUCUUCUUUGAAGGAACGACGAUUGCUGAGUUUACCUCUGCGGGAGAAGGGGUACCUCCACGAGGACGUAGUGACCAGGCCCAAACGACUGUUUAUCAAAACGUUAGCAGUUUUGAACCGUAAGCAUACUGGGGGAAGCGAAAUGCCAAAUUGGUUAUCUCUGAGAGAUCGGAAGCUGCUUCAGAGUACAAAUUCGACAAUCAAGGCCGAUGUUGUGGUGGCUAAGGAUGGUUCCGGGAAGUAUACGACGAUUGGUGACGCCAUGAAGGCGGCUCCCGAUACGAGCACAAAGAGAUUUGUGAUCUACGUGAAGAAGGGGGUAUAUAAUGAGAAUGUUAGGGUUGAGAAAACCAAGUGGAAUGUCAUGGUGAUUGGGGAUGGAAUGAAUGCAACUGUUGUUUCUGGCAGCCUAAACUUUGUGGAUGGAACUCCAACAUUUUCAACUGCAACAUUUGCUGUGUUUGGUCAAGGAUUUAUCGCUCGUGACAUGGGAUUUCUUAACAUUGCUGGUGCAAUCAAGCAGCAGGCUGUUGCCUUGAUGUCAACUUCCGACCUGUCGGUGUUCUACCGGUGUCGCGUGGACGCUUUCCAAGACACUCUCUACACUCUUUCUAACCGGCAGUUCUAUAGUGAAUGCAACAUCUAUGGAACAGUUGAUUUUAUUUUCGGAAACUCGGCCGUUGUCUUCCAAAACUGUAACAUUCUCCCUAAAGUCCCCAUUCCUGGCCAACAAAACACCAUUACAGCUCAAGGCAAGAUCGAUCCUAAUCAAAACACUGGUAUCUCUAUUCAGAACUGCACAAUUGGGCCUUCAGAAAACCUAUCCUCUGUCCAAACCUUCCUUGGCCGGCCGUGGAAGAACCACUCCACCACCGUGUACAUCAACACGAUGAUGGGUAGCUUGAUUGAUCCAAAAGGGUGGUUACCGUGGGUCGGGACGACAGCACCCGACACCAUAUUUUAUGCUGAAUUCCAGAAUUUCGGGUUGGGUUCUUCGACGAAAAAUAGGGUUAAAUGGAAGGGAUUGAGAAACAUUACUAGUAAACAAGCUAGUACGUUUACUGUCAAAUCUUUCAUCAAUGGGAACAAAUGGAUCCCAAUGACAGGGAUAAGUUACAAACCGGGUCUGUGA